AUAUCAUCAACCAUCCAUUCAAUUUUUUGUCAUGCAUUGCUAUGGAGAUCUGUGCGGAUCCAUUUCUCAGCUCCGAGACGCUUUCAGGCGACGCAUCGCUUUAUUCCGCGGGGAUUCCUCCCGCAGUUGGCUGGGCCGGAAGGAAUAUUGGGAUGCUGCCUAUGCCUCGGGGCGGUACAAGCAGAGCUACGAAUGGAAUCAAACCUGCGAGACGAUAUGGCCUUACGUCACACAGAUGCUGGGCACGCGAUUAGACAGUGCUGUGCUACACGUUGGAUGUGGCAACAGCCAACUGGGGCGGCUAUUGCACAAUGCGGGCUUCCAACAUGUGGUGAAUGUGGACUACAGCGAGGUGGUCAUUGCCAUGAUGCAGCAAAAGGAGCCUUCUUUGUGCUUUAUUUGCGCCGACUGUGCGGAGCCGGGUGCUUUGGGCAGCGCGGAGUGCUACGACUUUGCGCUCGACAAGGGCGCCAUCGAUUCGCUUUUCGAGUCUUGCCGGGUUGUGUGGCUGACCUAUGACCUAAGAUCUUCAUGAGAAAUAUGAGGCUCGUGUACAUUAGUUGAGAGAAUCAUGGAAGUGGAGUUCGCCACCGGUUUGGCAUGAGGAAAUUGAUCUAACAAGGGGCCUAAAAAUGUGUUUUCAGUGAGUUCCUGGCCAUCAGGCUUGCAAUGGCUUGUUCACAAACUUGCAAAUUUAAGCCUAGUUUCCUGUCGAUUCUCGCUUAAAUUAACUAACUAGCCUUAAACAAUCCAUUGACGUGGCUGCAUGGCUUCCUCAACCUUUGGGAGGCUUAAGAACCCCCAAGAUGUGAAGGUCUUUUAGAUUGGGGUCCAUAUAAACCACCUCUUGGGAAUUGGGAAUUGUGCCAUCUACUCUCAGCACUAUAUCCUCGCUUCCCAUUGAUUGCCUUUUUUAAUGCAGUUGAUGUUUUUCCGACUCUGCCUGCUACUCUUCUCCUCUUUCAGG